AUGCCCUUUGUGGAGUACACGCCAAAGAGUUUUGUUACCUAUUGGGAGCGACUUUAUAAAGAUGAAAUGCCACAGGCACAACUCGAGAUUCACAGUUUGAAAAGAAAGAUUGAAGAGAUAGAUGAGCAUAGGUCAAGGCUCGUACAGGAGAACCAAAUACGUGUUGAGGCCGCUGAGAAAAGUAAGCGCAAGAUACGAAGGUUAGAACAUGAGGUAUUAGAGCUAAGGAAACCCAAUAUCACUAAUUUGUGGGAAGGGUUUGUGGCUCAGGCAAAACAAGUCAAGGCCACAACUUACAGAUUCCUAGAUAAGGUGGUUGGAAGAGACCCACCUCAGGCCGAGGUGCUGGUCAUUCAAAGUGGUCCCGGGGAUCGAAAAGCUAAAAAGAUAAGGAAGUACUUGAAGGAGGGAAAGAGAAUAUUGAAAUAUGAUGACAUCAUUUUUAAAAAGUAG